CGUGGCAAAGCAAAGAAAAAGAUGGAAAAUUAUAAUGGCGGCUGUGUCUUGGCGUGUAGAUUUUUCAGAAUUAAACGCGUCUAAUUCGCUGCAAAUCGAAAAUGGACGUACUGCAGCGCACGGAAUGCUAUGCUGAUGCCUGCUAACAGUGUAACGCGAUUGUACAGAACGAACAGAGCACAUGGACCGCUAAAACGGCGUGCAAGGAACGUGCGAACAAAUCGACAAGUAGCAAAAGUAAACAUACAAACUGAGCAAAACAAUCAUAAACCUUGCACGGCACGGUGGCAAGUGGAAGAAAAGUUGCGCUAUAAAUGCUUGUAGCAGAAGAACCUCACCGAACCAAGGACUUCAGUUCGAGCCUCAAGUCAAGCCCCAUAGUUCACCCCAUCAAACCCCACUCCAUAACCAACCCCAACUGCGUGAAGCAGCGCGCGAGGAGCGAAGAACAAGCGUGCACGGCGCAGGUGUUGGUGGAGGGUGGUAGGGUGGCCCCAGGGUUGGUGGUGUGGUGUGGUGUGGCGAAGCGUAGCAAGAAGGAAGCGUGUUCAGUGUGUUGUGUACGUUCGAAUAAUUUUAUAUACGUUUAAUAUUUGUUUAUAAAUAUCUGUUUGUCACCCACCCACUGACUGUAUGUGUGUGUGCAGUAGCCGUAGUGAUAGUGGUGGCGGGGGCGGUUACGGUGAUGUUACUGCUGGUACCCAUGUCCUGGCCAGCGCAUCAUCCUGUGUGUAAGCGCAACGGGACAGCACGGACCCGAACGCGCCACUAAUUGCGCCAGCGGAGAAGCGAAUUGCGGCAGCAGCAGAGUGUUGCAACGGAAGAAGAGAAAUGUCUCAGAAGAGCCAAAAGCGCACCAAUCGGGGUGAGAACGAUGGUCCGCCACCGAUCAAGAAACGCAAGGGGCGGCCUCCCGUGUCGUCAGCGGGCGGUGCGGGCGGAGCUGGUGUCGACGAUGAUAAGGAUUCGCUCGGGUCGAACGGAGCCGGUGGGGCCGGAUCCUCCGGGGCGGGGUCCGGUGGAAGCGGCGGGGGACCGACGACGCCAACGAAAAACUGGCAGCCGCGGUCCGUCAACGACUGCAAGCUGUCGAGCAUCUACAAUCGCACCGCACCGGAGGCACCGGCAGAACUGUUUAGGAAAGACCUUAUCAGUGCCAUGAAACUGCCGGACUCGGAGCCACUAGCGGCCGAAAACUACUGGGUCAUAGCGGACCAGUGGAAGCAGGAGUGGGAGCGUGGCGUGCAGGUGCCUGUCAACCCGGACUCGCUUCCGGAACCAUGCGUAGCGACACUGCAGGAGACCUACUUUAAGAAGCGGCAAGAUUUUAAGCUACCGAAAAAUAAGUACAUCCGAAUAACGAAGGAUGAGAAUUUCACCCAUGACCAGCAUUAUCUCUCGAGCACGCCGGUCAUCGCAGAGAACGUGUGCUACUACGAUCUGGAUCAGUGUGACGCGGCCUGGCUGAAGGUGCUGAACGGCGAGCGCAACCUGUCUGGCCUGGUUCCUGUGACCGACGAGCAGUUCGAGAGGGUGAUAGAGGAGCUGGAGGGCCGCUGCUUGGAUAAGAUCCAGGCAAUCAUGAAAACCGAGGAAGGCCUCGGCAUCGAGUACGAUGAGAAUGUAAUCUGCGACGUGUGCCGAUCGCCGGAUUCGGAGGAAGCGAAUGAAAUGGUUUUCUGUGAUAAUUGCAAUAUUUGCGUUCACCAAGCUUGUUAUGGAAUAACAAAUAUACCAUCUGGUCAAUGGUUAUGUAGGACAUGUUCGAUGGGACAGAAGCCGAAGUGCGUGUUGUGUCCGAAUAUGGGUGGCGCAAUGAAGUCGACCCGAUCGGGGAACAAGUGGGCGCAUGUUUCCUGUGCUCUGUGGAUCCCGGAGGUGAGCAUCGGAUCGGUCGAUCGAAUGGAGCCAAUCACGAAGAUCUCCGCCAUCCCAACGAGCCGGUGGGCGCUGGUGUGUGCCCUGUGUCGUGAACGUGUCGGUGCCUGCAUCCAAUGCUCGGUGAAAACGUGCAAGACGGCAUACCACGUGACGUGUGCAUUCCAGCACGGGCUCGAGAUGCGCGCCAUCAUCGAGGACGAGCACGCGGAAGACGGCGUAAAGCUGCGCUCGUACUGCCAAAAGCACGGGGAGAACAAGGGCCGGCGGGAUAAUGGCAGGAACUCGGCCAACAAUGCCGGCUCCGUCUCGGGCGGCAGUGAUGAUGAGGCGGGUGGAUCUGGAACGGGCGCUGGAGGAUCCGGUACAGGGCAGGCCGGCCCAUCGACCAGUACCGGAGGAGGCGGCGAUGUGAAGCGGCGCAAGCGCAAGGACAUGACAUCGGAGGAACGCAAUCAGGCACGUGCGGCUCGCCAGCAAGAGAUCGAGGCCGAGUUCGACAAGCAUGUCAGUCUCAAAGACAUCAGCUACCAACUGUUGGACGUGGACGCGGAGGCCGUGCAGUAUAUCUACAACUACUGGAUACUGAAGCGAAAGGCGGCGCACAACCGGCCACUGCUGCCUCCGAAGACGGACGAGGUAGAUCCUAACGCACAAAACCAGGAGCAGGCGGAGAUCGAGAAGAUGAAGAAGUUCGUGCACCUGCGGCAGGAUCUGGAGCGGGUUCGCAAUCUCUGCUACAUGGUCAGCAGGCGGGAGAAGCUAAGCCGUUCGUUCUUCCGGAUGCGGGAGCAAACCUUCAACAAGCAGGUCACCGUGCUGUCGUCAAUGGUGAGCCAGCAGCAGCAGCGCAAUGGUGGAACAGGAUCGACGAGUGCCACUGCGGUUCCUCAGCUCGAUCCGGUCUCGCUCGAAGCAAUCCUGCAGGCCAACCACGGCCCAACGGUAUAUGAUAGACUCUACUCGUGUAAUUCCGAUAGUGCAGUGUUGACGCUGGACGAGCUGGUGGAUCGGAUCGUUGGCGGUGUAAAUAGUAGCAAUAGCGGGAGCAAUAUCAGUAGCGGUAUUAGUGGCGCCAACAAUCGCAAAGAUGGCGCCACGGUUGGUGGGAAGAAAUCGACGGUCAAGGCGGCUUCGUCGUCCUCCGCCAGUGCUAGUGCAAAGGUGCGCCACAAUGGCAGUGCAAGUAGCAGCGGCAGCAGCAGUAGUGGUUCUAGCAGUAGUAGUAGCAGCAGUAGUAGCAGCAGCUGCAGCAGUAGCAGCAGCUACAAGGUAUCAUCCAAGGCGGCCAGGAUUAAAAAGACUCACAACCACGAGCACCAAAAUCUUCCACAAUCGCAGCAGCAGCUGGCCAAGAGCAAGCUGUCGUCGGAUGUGAACGGUGUGCGACAGCAGCAACAAUCAAGCACUAAUCAAAGAACCAAAAAUCAGCUCUCCGUCACCUCCAAGCGGCAACCGGGUGUGGCACCAACAACUCCGUACGUCAACGGAACGGCGCGGCGCAUGAGUGUGAGCAACAGUUCCGCCUCCGAGCUGGAUGAUGGCGAAGAGGACGAGCUGGAGAAAACGAACGCCUCGAAGAAGAAACCCCGUCAAACGAAGGCUGUUGAGCGGAAGCGCCGGAAAGGGUCGGCGGGUGGUGGUGGUUCGACUGUGGGAACUAAUGUUGGUUCCUCGGCGGAGAAAUCCAACAACCGACGGCGCAGUGUUGUGAACGACAGUUCGAGUGACGAGGAAAUGAUUGAGUCGCGCUUACGACCAUCGGUGGCAACUUCUGGGCCAGGCGUUAAGGGUAGUGUGUCGGCGACAACGGCCGGUACACAACGGCAUCCGAAGAAAGAUUUCCGCAAUCAGUCAUUGCGCCAGAUGGAGCGAGAGCUCGCGGACGAUAGGCGUGCGAUGCAUUUAACCGACGAUGACGAUGAUUCCAACGAUAGCGACGAGUUGAUGCACAACAGUGGGACGACGCGAAAUUCUGGAGGAGCUGGAGCCGUCGGUGGUCGAGGAGUCAGCGGUGGCAAUGCUAGUGUCGGUGCAGGUAGUGGAGGUCGCGCUAAGAAGAUUUCCGACAUCUACUCCGACAGUGAUAGUACGGAUCGGGAUAAGACGGAUCACACGGCGAGCGAUUCUCAGCAGCAUCCGUUCCGUACAAAGGCUGCCAUGAAGGAGUUCAACCUGCAGCAGGAGGCGGAUCGAUUGAAGCAAAAAUCUCCAUUGAAAUCGGGACGAGUUUCCGCCACCACCGUGUCAACGACGACGACGACGACGGUAGCGCCUACGAUGAUUUUACCGGUAGCAACACCGUCAUCGGCUCUACCAGGAUCUACCGUAUCGGCGAGCAAGUCUUCACUCUCUACAGCCGUUUCCAUAACCUCCUCUUCCUCGUCCUCUGUUCAAGCCAUGGACGUGGCACACAAGCGUACGACGGGUGAGCCCACGGCACCAGGGCGGACAGCUGCUUCGACAGGCAAAGCGGGCAGCACCAAAGAGGGUGGCAAGAAAAGGCAAUCGCAGCAGGCGGCAGACAAACAUACACCUGUCGAUAACAACACACCAUCGACCGGUGCUAGUAUAGGUGCCAACACCAACAUUACGACGAGUAGUAGCAAUCAAGGCAAACUGGGCGCAGCAGUGAACAGCAUCAGCACGUCCUCGAAAAAGAUGGAGUUUUUGGCCGACUUUAUGGUGGUGCCGCAGCGCGAGGCAGCCAAAAAGGCGGCGGAAAAUUUGAUGAAAACCAGCAACAACAGCAGCACGGUGACGAGCGUCGUCAACAGCUCGGCGGUGACAGUUUCCUCGGGGUCCACCUCAUCGGCGCUCGCUUGUGCAACAUCGUCGGUGGCUUCCGCGAAUGCUUCUUCCAGCAACUCGGCUAGUGCAGGACUACUGAUCAGUGCCGGUGCGAGCGGGCGAAAACCUCAGGAUCGCGAAGCGGGCAGCAGCAGCAGUAGCAGCAGUAGCAGCAGCAGCAGUAGUAGCAGCAGUAGCAGUAGUGCUAGUAGCAGUGGCAGUGUGUCGAUUAGCAGCACGAGUAGCGGCGUUAGCACGGGCAGCAGUGGAAACAGUGCAAAGGUUGAGCUCGGUGUCGAUCAAGGUAGCAAUGCAGCCUUAGCGUUAGCAACCAGUGCAGCAAGUAAUAGUAAGGAAAAAUCCUCCGUCGUAAGCAACCUCACUGCGAAUCGUAGUCGAAAGGAAACGGAGCCAAAGCCGGUGGCAGCAGCGAGCAGCGGAAAAGCAACAACCGGAAAGCGGUCAUCUGCAGGAACGAAUAACAGUGGCGGAAACAGCAGGAGCAGACAGUUGGCAUCGUCGCAGGUGAAAGAAAAUGUGCAGGUCGAAGGUAUUGAAUCAACGGCGGCGGUUGCUAAGAUCGACCCGGUAAGCCGUACCAAAUCCAAAGAACAUCCUGCCACCACGGUCGAGAAGCAGCGGGAAAAAUCUGCAACGGUCAAAGAUCGCUCUAACGACGUUCAAGAGCCGACUGAGUGCGAGAAGGAUGAAAAGGGGGUUGUGGAUAAAGCAGGCAAAGUCAAGGAAGCUGGAGCAGGUGGGAAGCAGAAGCGUGAAAAUCAUCUGGAAGUUUUCGCCUACGUUCCGCAGCGUCAGGCGGCAAAGAAGGCAGCUGAACACAUCAAGAGUGGACUCGGGAAACCUUCCACCGGGGAGACACCACUACCCGAUGAAAAAGUGGCUUCCGUGGUUACGGCGCCGACGAAAGGGGCCAGUUCGACGUCUGUUAAGGCGGCCAGUAGGAGCAAGGAAGAUCGUAAGACGGCCAAUUCAACCCCUUCCAGCAGCUCGAGCUCAUCCGGAAGCAGUUCUUCGUCAUGUUCCAGCUCGAGCAGCUCUGGAUCGGACAGUGACGAAGAGGAAGACGAGGAUGAAGAGGAAGAAGCACCGAUGGAUGGUAAGAAGGCUGCGGCGUCUGCCGCUGGCACGAUAAACCGCUCGAAGACCACGGCUGCGACCGCUAAGACAGGACAACCGGCAGCAAAAGCGCAGCAACCUCGGGCGACGGCGCGGCAGGAAGAGUUGCCCUUUCUUGACAAGGGUCCAGCACGUUCUGUAUCCGCGUCGUCCAGCUCUUCCUCGUCGUCAUCCUCGUCGGGCUCGUCGUCCGAUAGUGACUCCGAUUCGAGCAGUAGCAACGCGAGUAGCGCGGAAGAAGAGACACCGUCGCAGGCAAGCAAACCCACAGCAACAACUGCUGCUCGAAAUCGGAGGAAAUCGGUUUCCACGAAACAGGAAGAUGUCAAUCCGAAGAAGCAGCCACAGAUUACCUCGAGUGUCCCUGCCACUGCAGCCGCGGCAAAGAAGGGAAGCAGCCCAUCGACGGCCGGUGGACGAGCUAGCAGUGGGAGAAAAAUGUCAACAACUGCCACAGCUGCUAACGCCGACGAUAGCAGCGGAGAUCAUCCUUCUGCUAAGCAAUCGAUGUCUGCGAAAGGAAAGGACAGUUCCGCACGAGCUGUCGGUGGAGUUUCCGCUGGAAAAGCUACUAACAAGGACAAGCAAUCACCAGCUGGUGGGAAGCAUGCGGACGGUCCUCCGGCUGCUAGCGGUACUCCGAAGUCAAUCGCUAGUCGACGAAACUCCUAUCAACCUGCAACUGCCAUUGCAAACGAAUUGGCUGCACCAAGCACUCCCAUCGGUAGCAAUUCCUCGACACCCGCCAAGCGUGGUCGUCGUCAGUCGGUGUUUGUAACUGCUAGCGACCUCGAGGAGAAACGAAAGUCAUUGACGGUCACUCCACUCCUCUCGCCAGACAUAGUGACAAACACCCGGGCUAGUGGGGGCAGACGCAAGCCGAGUACCAGCAGCACCACCACCGAUGUCGUUGAGCAGGAAAAACCACCAUCUACGAUGACACCUCCACCUCCGUCUUCCAGAGCAAACGAACGGAAACCUUCGUCGGUAGCCGAUGAAACUGAACCGGGUAAAGCCAGUAAAGAGACGGUUCGGUCUACAGAUGAUGCAGCAUCUGAGGACGCGUCGGCGUUGAAGCGUCCCCUAGCGGACGAUCAGCACUAUCCAACGCGGAAGCGAAAAAGUCCUAAAUUGGCCACUGGUCAGGCGGAGACGCAGGAAGCGCGUGAAGCAACGGCGAGUCCUGCUUUGAAGGUAAACAAGGUUGAUGAGCAGAAACCCGAACCCCCCACGGUGGCUGGAGGCGAUAAACUAUCGGGUGACAAUGCGAUAUCGUUGCUAACCGAUGAAGACUCCGUGGAUAAACGCAAGACGUCGAGCAAGGUAACAUCGUCUCCAAGGCAGGAAGAGAAACAGCUGGAGGUAGGUACGGAAGAUGGCAGAAAAUCAACAACUCCAGUAGAGAAGCACGCCGAAGCUAAAGAUCCGCAGGAAGUCGUCGCGCAAAAGAAAAAGGACAUUGAAAUCAUUUCCCUGGUGGAAGACUCGUCACGCUCCAACGAUGACGACGUGGUUGUAAUUGAAGACGGUAGCAACGAAGCAGCGAGCAAGGUUGGUGAAUCGUUGAAACCUACUGAAAACGCUGCUCCAAAGCUGGAUCAGGAGGAUAAGGCUCUUGUGAAGGGCACCGAUAAAAAGAACCCGAUGGUCUCCGAUGUUGGUGAUAUGGGGCCAAUGGCACCCGCCAAUGACUUAAAUCUCACACCAAUGGAAACGAACGUAGAUUUGGAGAAGGUGGAAGUUCUUAAGAAGAACCUUAUUUCGGGUUCACCGACGGCAAUGAUGCAACAACCAUUCACCGCCGCGUCCCUUCAGCUAACGAACAGCCGAUCGACUGCGCCGUUUGCCGAUGCGACGAAUGUUUGUGGCGUUGGCUUCAUUGGCGCUGGUUCGGAUCAGACGACGCCGGCUGCUGGGAAUAACGGUUUGCUAAUGAAAGAGGAUAACAAUGGGGACGUCGGGGGAACGGCGGCGGGUCUGCUGGGCAGUUCCGGCUCAGGUACGGGCGAACCAACGUCCAUCUUUGAUCUGCUUAUCCCUCAAGAUAGCUCCGUCACCGACGAUACCUUCGAGCUCAACCAGACGCUCAACUUCCCGUUCAUGGAGGACUGCAAGGAAGAUACGCAGCGUGAGACGCUCAAUUUGGUCGAGAAGCUGCGCCAGAAGUACAAAAAGCAUCAUGGUACAAAUAAUGCCGGCGGUAAUGCUACUGGCCCGACACUCGCGGACCCGAAGGGCUCUGUCGAUGGCGGUAAGAAGGAUGACGCGAUGGUGGUACCGAACUCGGUGGCCCCACAGUUGCCGGAUUACACCACCGUAACCGACAGCGGCGCGUCGAAAGCAGACAUUCCAAACAAUCUGCCCCCGACGACGGCGACACCGUCGACGACAACGGACGGUGGGCAAAUGGAACAGCUGAACUUUUCCAAGUACGGCCCCGAUUCACUGGAUCAGCUCACUCCAUCCGGCAUGCAAACUACAGCCACAUCUCAGCAAGCCACGCAACAGCAACAGCAGGCGAUUGUACCUACGAUUCCACAAUCACAGCACGUUACGAAAAGCUCCAAAGACGACCAUCUGGAUCAUCUUACAUCGCGACCGUCGGACGAGCGCUGGGUACCGCCGUCAUCGGCUACACCAACAUCAUCUGCGUCGACAUCCACCUCUUCCGCCCCGCUGCUAAUCCACGGGCUUCCGCCGACGUCGGGUUUGCUCGGUUCGAACAACGUUCCGACGGCUCAGCUGGCCCAGAACUGCAUGGAAGCGGCACGGCUACUCAACAACACGGCCAACAGCAUCAACAAUAAUAACAACAACAACAACAUCAAUAACAAUGCAAUGGAUGCAGAGAAGCGCCUAUUUGAUGGUAGUGCGACGAUGGCCAACCACAUUCAUCCUACGAUGCAGCAACAACAGCAGCAGAUAGGAGGUGCGGGUGGCAACGAAAUGAACCAUCAUCAUCCACAACAGCAUCAACCGCAACAUCAUCACUUCAUGCAAGGGUUGGACUUCAUGCAGAGCAUGAAAAUGCCGCCCGGAGCUGGAGGCAAUGCUGGUGGCGCUGGGGUUGUUGGUAUGCCACCGAAUCAGAACGAAGCUACCUCAAUGAUGUCAAUGUUUGACAAUCUGCAGCAGCAGCAUCCUUCGCCGCAACAGCAGCAUCAAGGACGGCGCACUGGUGGAUGGAAUCCGCAGCAGACCAACGAUGGUUUGAACUCUCUCGAUCCACAGCAGCAGCAGCAGCAGCAGCAGCAGCAGAAGAAGCAGCACGAAUGUGCCGUGAUGCAGGAGAAGGAGAACUUGCUACUUCAAAAGCAGCAGCAGCAGCAACAAAUGGGCAACAAUAGUAGUCACCGCAAUAAGCUGAACGAUCUGAACAGCUUUAUGGACAUUCAAAACGCACAACCAGGUGGUAACAACGGUAAUACUGCUUCGUCGAAUAAUAGUGCAAUACAACAACAACAACAGCAGCAGCAGCAACAGCCGUACGGAUUCGCCAACGACCCUCACUCGGGCCAGCACCAACAACAGCAACCGCCGCAGUAUCCUGGCGCUGUGUCCCUGUUUCCACCGGCGAGUGUCCCGGUUCCAUUCCCAUCGCCCGGUGCCGGUCUGUAUCCACCGAACUUUGCCAAUUCGGCAUACCAUCAACAGCCAACACCGCCGCAGACGACGACGCCGAUUGGAGCGGCCGGUAAACAUCACCACGCGGCAGCCGGAAUUGGAAUGCACAAUCUCGGAAUGCCCGACACGAUGGUUUCACCUCAUCGGGGUCAGCAACCUCAAUCCGGUCAGCAGAAGCAGCAGAUGCAAAUGGUGGACCAAAUGUCAUCGCCAUUGUCCGGAAUGGCCGUAUCGCCAAACAAACAGCAAACGGCGGGUAGUCGACAACCGACACCGACGGAUGUACAACAGCAGCAUCAGCAGCAGCAGCAAAACAACUUCAUGCUUAACAGUGCUGGACAAGGUGGGGGCGGUGGUGGUACGGGUAGUGGCGGCAGUACGCCAAGGACACCCCAGCAUCGACGCACUCCGCAGAGGCACAACAACCACAGCAAUCCGCUUCAAACACUUGCGCAAUCGCAAGAUGGCAUGGGCGGCAUGAUGUCGAUGGAUGGAAGCGGAGGGAUGGUGCAUCCUUCGUCAAAGAAGAGUCCCGCCAAAUCGUCCCGUUCUUCAUCCCGCAUUCAAAACCAACAACAGCAGCAACAGCAGCAACAACCAAUGCAUCAUCAACAUCACCAUCACCAUCUUCAUCAUCACCAUCAUGGUUUAAUGAUGAACGACAGCAACGGUGGAGGCGCACCGGUAGGACACCCGGGACAUCAUCAUCCGAUGGCUCAUCAAUUGAAAUCUCCCACUACAACGGUCGGCACCGGCAAGAGCCCCGGAAAGAGUCCGAAAACUGGGGCGGCGGCCGUAUCUGCCUCGGUACUGUACGACCAUCUACACAAGGCGAUCGGGGCGGCAAGUGGAGCCAGUUUGGUACCUCCUCCUCCACCACCACCAGCGAGUGGAAAGGGACAGAAGGGGGAACCGGGCACCAAACCGUCUCGAGGACGUCCUCCGCGAGGUCGCGGUCGAGGAGCGGCGGCGACUGCCGGACGUCAACAUCAUGCCGGCGCACACGUUGCCGCUGGCCUUGGUGGUCCGGGAGUUGGUGUACAAGGAAUGGGAGCUUCCGGCGGUGGCCGUGGUGGAGGCGUUGGUGCUGGAAGAGGGCAGCCACACGGACACGCAGGACCAGGAGGCUACCAUCAUCAUCGCGGUGGUCCACUCGGUCCGGGUCCGGACUUUGGAUGCUUUGGUGGCGGUUCGAUUCACAGCAAGAUUGCCGGAACGGUGUACGAUCUGGACUUUGAUGAGGUGAUUGAUUGUGGCAAGCUACGGGACAUGCGUGAUCGACGUCGUUCGAUUGAAGGUCGAUCGGCUGAAGCGGCUAGCGCAAAUGCAGCUAACACAACAUCUGGUCCUGGUGGUGCGGGUGUUGAUUCGAAAUCCUCGAGUAGGAAUUCAGGAUCGACCGCUGGCUCCGGAGCAGGCUCAGGAGGAUCGGCGUCCAGCGGUGCCUACGGCUCAUCCGGCACGGGAAGUUCGGGAGCGCCGGGAGGCUUGGUAGGUGUAGGGCCACCGGCUAGCAGCAUACCCGAUAUGGCCGUACUGCCCGGACCUGUCGAUAUGCGCACGUACAAUACCGGCUUCGAUUCGUCCGCCAAUACGGACGCAUACAACAAUCAGCUGUUGGGUGUGUUUGCGAGUGGAACCGCCGAUCAAACACUCGCCGACAUCGACGAGGACAUGGAGAACGCACUGCAGUCGGCGCUCAAGGCGGACACGGCGAGCAAUCGGCAGCAAUCCACGUCUCUCGCACAGUCUACGACGGUCACCACGGCCACCACGAACGUGGCGAGCAUUGGUGGUGCAGGAACUGGCGGCAGCGUCUCUAUGCUAUCGGGAGUUCCGGGCGGCAGCUGCAACAGCAACAGUAGCAGCAUUGCAUCGGAAUCGAACGCCACCAACAACACACUGCCGAUGACAAACUCCCUAUCACUGGCCACGUCAGUUGCAACGUCCGUAGCUUCGAUUACGCCUUGCACCACCCCUGCCCUACCCUCCGCUAUGCUCAACGACGAUCCAUCGAUGCUGGAAGCGCCACAAGAGGAAACGAACGAUUCGGACAGUCUCCCUAUCACGACACCGGUGACGCACAAGAUGUCCUCGCUGGCGGACUCCGGCAACGUAAUGAAGCUGAAAAUCAAAGGUCCUCUGGCGCACUUGGACAGUGGUGCGAGUGGAAGAGUUUCCCAGGCGACCUCAGCCAUGCAGCAUUCCAUUGCCAGUGCGUCGCACAGCAUUACACCAUCGAUCGGCACAGUUGGGGGAGUUGGCAUCGGACCACCACCAGCUGUGGGUAGUGGAAACCUCGGAGGUGGCGCGAGCGGUGGAACAAGUGGAUCAUCGAACCUGCGGCGUAUGCGCAAGAAGGAAUUGCUGCGGCAAUACUGGAAUCAGGACAUGAAUCAGGACGAUCCGCAGGCGGUCCCGCACCAUCAUGCGCUCGAUAUGUCUCAGGCGGGAAGUACUGGACACAGUAACCGCACCACCAUAGGUUUCCCGAAGGCCAUCGAUUCGCUCGGCUCAAUGCCGACAAAGGAUGACUACAUGGAGUACGGUGGUAUCCAUCGUAAGAAGCUGUCUUCGAGCAUGUUACGCGAGCUGCGCCAGCAGGCGGUGACCUCCGAGCAGCACCACGAGCUGAUGAUGAUGGAGCUGAGGCGGAAUGCGGUCUCUUCUAUUGGUGGUAUUUCAGGUGUGAGCGGUGCCAAUGGUUCGACCAUGAGUGGUGGGGUCGGCUCGCUCAGUGAUGGACCAGGUGGCGGUGUUGGCGUCGCCGGUGGUGCGGCCGCUGGAGCAGGAAGCGGUAAGCGUCGCUCGCGGAACAAUCGGGCCAACACUAGUACGGCCACAGUGACGGCCGUUAGCCAGGAAACACCGCAGCAGGCACCUAAGCUGAAAAUAAAGCUCGGCACUACCGGCAUGAUGGAAGCGUCCUCCGGUGAGGUAGGAGUGUCCGAUGUUGGUGUACCCGGUGGUAGCUACAGUAGCAGCUUACGGCCACCAAAGAAACGUCUUGCCAGCAAUGCGGCCAAACCAUCCUACGAGAUCCUGCGGCGUGAGUAUAUGAUGUACGCAAGAACGAUAAAGUUCGACGACGAAGCGAAUACAUCGACGGUGGCGGAGGACAAUGACGCAAACAGUGCCCUCGCGACGGACGAUGAGCCAAAAGCAAAGAAGCACAAGCACAAGGACAAGGAACGUAGUGCCGAGCACAAGAAGCGUAAAAAGGAGAAGAAACACAAGCGAGACAAGGGUGAGAAGCUGUCAAAUGUGGAGAUCAUUUGCAAUGCAGCGGAGGUGACGGGCGACGAGUCAUCGCAGCUGGCGCCACCGAGGAUCGUCAUACGCUUGGGUAAGAAAAAAUCGGACAAACCUACCUCGUCGGCCUCGUCGGUCGAUGGAUCUCACACACCGCAGGACAACACGCACGAGCGAGUGGUUCACGAUGGUGGUGGUGCAGGUGGUAGCAGCAGCAGUCGACAGCAGCAAUCAUCCUCGCCCGAAACGGAUCCGCUUGCCAUCGAUCUCGCGGCGAUACACAACACCAACAAUCUGGGGCACACCCUGGGUGGUGGUGGUGCUCGUGGUUCGUCCACCGAACGAGCGGCAGCGGCACAAGCGGCACCGGCGGAAAAACCACUCAUCACACCGAUUCGUCUAAAGUUGGCCCGCAAUGCGGCCGGUGGAGCGUACGUCAUGUCCUCGAAGAGUAGCGCUGACGCUCCGGACGACAGGGUGCCAAUGAAUCCCAGCCCAAAUCGAAAGGUGGCCGGCUCAGGCAAUUCUCCAACAUCAGUAGCGACGGCGGCGGGACAACCAAGUCCUUCUAUGUCGCGAGUUGCUGAGCAUGCCGGACAGAUGGAUUUGGUGGCAGCUGCUGAAGCUUCCAGUAAAAAUAUGAUCGAACGUUUGCUGACGGCGGCAAAUAUGGCAGCCAAUUCACCAAACUCGUUCGAGCGGGCCACACUUGAAGCGGCGGGAUUGAGUUCCGGCGGUUCGCUGUACGGGGGUUCUUCAGCGAUGGGUGCUAUGGCAAGCAACAACACCAACAGCGGUAAUAGCAGCGGCAUGUCAAUGUCGUUCAAAAGCCUGCUAGAUUUCGCAGCCAGCAACACCAACACUAACUUCACCGUGACGACGCACGCUGCUUCAUCCGUUAGCGCGGCCACUGCAGCCGGUGGUCUCUUCGGGUCCAGCACAGUAGCUUCUCUCCAGCAGCAGCAACACCACCAGGAGCAUCAGCAUCAGCAUCAGCAGCAGCAGGUACCACUAUCCUUGAAUCCACUACAAUCGCAGCAACAGCAGCAUCUACAGCAGCACCCAAUAUCAAACAAUAGCAAUAGUGGCAAUAGUAGCAUUGCUAGCAACACACAGCAACCAGCUGCUACGGCUAGCAACGCUGCCAAGAAGGACUGCGAGGUGCGAUGACACUAUAUGCUCUAGGAGGUAGCGUAAUCGUAGUCGUCUCUCAUUGCGCUCUACUUACUGCAUACCUCCAACGCUAACGCGCCCGCGCGGCUACUGUGGUAUUGUUUUCGUUGGCUUUCUUGAUACAGUCUUCCAGUGCUGUUGGAAUCAUGUUAAAUUUUCAUGCUAACGUGUUCCUGGCGUUUCCGGUAGCGGUAGGCUUUGCUAUGCUACUGGAAAAACAAGGUACACUUUUUUUUAAAUUGUUUUGCGCGGGUUAAUAAUCUUGCUCGUGUGAUAACGUUUCCAGUCGUAUGGAAAUCCAUCUUCCGUGUAUAGUUUAUGCUUCUAUGGUUCAGGAUGUGGUUGAACAUGUUUAAGCUUGAUUUAAGCAAACCCAUAUUGGGUCCGUUUUAUUGUUCGAUAAUAUGUUUUAGCAUUUUUUUUUAAACCAAGCGCUAUUGUACUAUUUGGGUUUUUUAAAUUUUUUUUUAAAUUGAUAACUUAUUAUUUUUACACCACAGUACUGCUUAAUUUAUUACUAUACAACAUCGGGCCAACCAGCAAUAAUAGACAAUGUGUGCAAUCAUUCGCAUCCUUGCGAGUCCGUAGCCGUAGUUAUGUCGUAGCGGCUGCAUUACGAUCCAUCCAUGUCCGGAUAUUCUCGCACGGUUCGGCGUAGCGUUUUAUGAAGGCUAAAGAAAAUCUCGCUAAAGCAAAAAAAACAAACGUAGAGAGCGGACAAUGGAAUGAAGCAAAGAGUGAGAGAAAACGUUGUAACUUAAGAUAUUUAAAUGACAAAACACAUUUGCAAAGUAUAUAACUUGUAAACACUUCUAGUAAAUAGUUUAAAUAGUUUAAUUUAAAUUUAAUUAAAUUAUAUUCAGGAAUGCAGAAGAAUCAAUCCGGAAGUCGGAUUUGCUGAAUGUGUUGGGUAUAGGUAAUGCAAGGGAAAGUUGGGAGGGGGUAAGGCGCAUUGCCGUCCGUUGCUGUGUUGUUGCGCUGCUAUCGUGUGUUGCACACUUCAGGCUAAUCUUGUAGCAAAAAAAACAAAACACAUCUUGGAACAUUUGUACGUAGUAUCUUUUUGUUUAUAAAACAAGCAGCAUUGUAAAAACCAAGUGAGGGUGUUCCGACUUCACGAUCCGGUUCGGUAUAUUUUGCGAAGAAAAUUAAACCAACAUUUACAUUAAUCGUCAUACGCAGGAUUCAAGCAAUUUCUCUUACAUCUUUAGGCGAUCAUACUACAAGUUCUUUGACCGCAGCUCCUAAAUACAAACUCUGCUCGGUUGAAUCAGAGCCAUUUGUCGAGGAAAGCCAAAGUACAUGAUCUGUACAUUUUUCGAUGGUCCUGGAUGACGCUUUCUUACGUUGUUUGUUUGUGGAAAACGUUUUCUCUUUCUCACCACACGCGCACAAUCAACCGAAAGGACAAUUAAUUGUUAAUGAAAGAACUAAAGUAAGGGAAAGAAAAGCAAUUCCUACGGCAAAAUUCUCCGUGUCCGCUGCUACCUGGGUAGUUAGAUUUUGUUGUAAGAACGAGUGUUUCAAAAAGAUAUAUUGCUUUGAGCAACGGCCGCACACAGAUGCACAGUAAAAACAACUAGCCGGAACUAUGGAAACCACCUCAUUAGGCCAGAUAGAGUAGAGAUGUUCCAACUAAGCGCACGCAUUGACGCAAGCGAAGCUGCAAAAGGUAUUAAAAAGGGCUGUAGAAUAAUGUAACGACUAGUAUAAGGGGAAGGAAAAUGGUUUGUUGUGACACAAUUUGAGUGCACUGUGUGUGGUGGAGGGAUGCUUUUCGUUCGAAUCAACACGCUCAUUGUGCAGACCAGAGAGCAGAGACAAAUCAAACUAUUCGUUGCAGCUCUGAGAGAAGUAUUCCUGAGGGCAUCGAUGUUUAAAAUGAACCGAAAAGCGAAGGAUCGAAAAGCAAUUCGGCAGGCUAAAUUUUGAAUAAAUAAAACGGACAAACACAGUAACCAACAGUACGAGACAUUGUGGGAAGACAAAUGCUUACCGAUUUUUUCUUACUAAAAUAGCCAGAAAGACAUGUUGCAGUAU